GUGAACCCAGACAGGCACAAAAGAAAUGAUGACUAAUUAAUCAUUUCAAACUAAGUCAGACGGCUCCGCUUUUUAAUGAUAACACCAACUUAUCUAGCAUAAUGUUUCUGUGCAUGCACACCUCAUGCAACACCUGUAGUUCGAGGUGUGCCCGGUGGUUGAACCUUGACCCCGAGUAACCCCUCCCACUUGUCGGCUGCAGAGUAGCUCACACUCACACGAGCCCUCCCCCUUUUCCCUCCUCCCCUCCACCUCCUCUCCUCUCGUCUCGCUCGCUGCAUGUCUUGACUUGUCUAGAAACACCAGGGGAGGGUGGAGACAAAAAAAAAAAGAAAAAAACAAAACAAGAAAAACCAGAGAGCAUGACAAGCUGAGAGAGAGAGAGAAGGAAGGAGGUGUGAGGUAUGAGCAGAGGGAAGACGGAGAGAGAGAGCCGAGAGGGAAGAAAGAACUGCACGUUAGAGCUCUGAACUGAAAAAAAGGAGGGAAGAAGGACUGUAGCUGUAAUUGGAACACAGAAGACGAGUCGGACGGGGAGCAGCACCACGGCCCCACGAGGAAGCGCGGCGAGCCUCGGUAACCAUGGCAUUUCAAGCCAUGCAGCGAAGACAGAUCAAGUUGAAUGAAGAAAUGAGAGAGGCGCUCCUCUAGCCCGACUUUCUGCAGACUUUCCUGUUGCAUCUCUAGUCCUCACAAAGGGCAGCAGGGGGGGGGAGGACAGCUGCUACGAUACCGCUCACCUGAUGCAACCCUUUCAGGAACUGACAGGGUGAGGAAAUACCCAGGCAUUGCCCGGGGCUAUCACGCACAAGCUGUGAAAUAAGUGGAGGAGCAUGGGACGUGGAGUUGAGUUCUCCCUGGAUGUCAGAUCUCCAGGAGCAAAUGAGUAGCAGCGGAUUCGCCUGUGGCUCCAGCUUGCUCCAGGGCCGGCGUUUUUACUGCCGGGAAUGGGCCCUGGACAAGCUGCGGCGCUGCCUGGAUGCCCGCUCUGUGCCCGGGCAGGCGCCGGGGCUGCUGGUGACGGGGGGCCCCGGAGCCGGGAAGACGGCUUUGUGCACCGAGGCGCUGUGGCCCACCUCAAAGGCAGGACUGGCGGUUGGACUGGCACGGCGAUGCCUGGCUUCCCACUUCUGCCAGAGGGAGGACCAGCGGAGUACGGUGCUGUGGAGGUUUGUCCUGGGCCUGGUGGAGCAGCUGAAGGCCUCCCCUCUCCUCUCUCCUGGGUAUGAGGAGAUCCUCAACAGCCCCUCUGUGUCCAAGGCUCUGGAGCCUCUCACCUGCCAAAGGGACCCUGACGACACCUUCAAAAGAGCAGUGCUGGGACCCCUGUUGGACCUUCCUCCUCCUGCCCAGACUCUAAUGUUGGUUGUAGACUCCCUGGAUGUGCAGUAUGGGCCACCGGGUGAAGGAGUUGAGAACAGCGGCUCUAUUGCAGAGCUCUUGGCUGCAAAUCAACACCUGCUGCCCAGCUGGCUGCUGCUGGUGUGCACCGUCCGCCGCCAAAACAAGGCGGUGUGCAAGAUGUUCUCAGGUUUUCGUAAGCUCUGCCUGGAUGAUUUGCGGAAGCCCCCGUCAGUCCGUGAUGUACAGCAGUACAUCCUUUGUCGGCUGGAUGAAGAUGGCGCGCUUCGCCGUCAGCUCACCCCCGACACGGCUGACAUGCUGAACCUGCUGCACAUCAAGAGCGGUGGCUGCUUUCUCUUCCUCGAGCGUGUCCUCGAUGGUGUUGCAGCUGCGCUGGUGGGUCUGCGGGAGAUCCGGGACAUCCCUGGGACUCUCAAUGGACUCUACCUGUGGUUGUGCCAGAGACUGUUCCCCCGUGGGCUCUUCUUCUACGUCAGGCCUCUACUCAAUGUUCUCUUGGCUGCCCCAAGUCCUCUCACACCCCAGGAACUUUUCACAGCAGCCUGGACCCAGGACACGUCACUCAACUUCCAGGACUUCCAGAACAAGCUUCGAACCUUAUCUCCUCUCCUGAUUGAUGGACCUGGGGGCACCAAACUACUUUUUCACUCCAGCUUUACCGAGUGGCUAACUGAUGUUAAGUACUGCACACAGAAGUAUCUGUGUAGCAGAACAGAAGGUCACAGCAUGCUGGCUAUGGCUCUGACUCUACAGGGAAGCCAUCUGGAUGUCGAGGACACUUGCCAGCUGGCCACACACUUAGUUUGCUCAGGUCAUCAUAAAGAUAAACCCUCAUUACUGGCAAUGUGGAUGUUGUUAGCAGACGUGCCCGCUCUUACUCCCAGCUGCAGUAGAGCCCUCUCAACAUCCUUAGCUCAGCUUCCCGUUUGGGUCAGUCAGGAUGUCCCUCAGCUGUUAAUGAGAAGUGGACUCGUCUCUCCAGAAUGUUUUCCAGACGCGGACCCAAGUGUUAGGUUGCAUUGCAUAGGUGAACAAAGAACAGAUUUACAACAUGCACUUGAAAGGGAGCUGUCAGUGAAGAAGCUCCUGGACAGUGGGGCUUCUGUGAAUCAGCGUGGCGCUGCAGAUGGACAGACUUUGCUUGCUAGAGCAGCCCACGAGGGCUCUGCAAAUGUAGUGAAAUUUCUCCUGUCACGUGGAUCCGAUCCAUUAAUAAGUGAUCACCAGGGUCAAACACCGCUGACUCUGGCUUCCAAGCAGGGUCACGUCAAAGUAUUGUCUCUGCUCCUGGAGUGGUCCAGCAGCCAGGACAAAGAAACUGCAUGGCAGAUGAUGGAGCACGUUGACAAUGAAGGCUGGACCGCUCUGCGCUCUGCUGCUUGGGGAGGACACAGCGAGGCCGUCCGGCUACUAUUGGACGCUGGAGCGGAUGUAGAUGGAUGUGACAGCGAGGGCCGGACCGCUCUCAGAGCUGCUGCAUGGGGGGGUCAUGAUGAAAUUGUCCUCACACUACUGGAGUACCAGGCGCAAGUUGACAAAGCCGACAGCAAGGGCCGCACACCUCUUAUUGCUGCUGCCUAUAUGGGACACCAUGAAUCUGUGGAGAUAUUGCUGGACCAUAAUGCAAAAGUUGAUUUAGCUGAUGGAGAUGGACGCACCGCUCUGUCGGUCGCCGCCCUCUGCGUCCCUACAGCUGCAGGCAUUAAAGGUUUUGGAGAGGUGGCAAGUCAGUUACUAGAACAUGGAGCAGAUCCAGGGCACAGAGAUCACGAUGGAAUGACACCGCUGCUCCUCGCAGCCUAUGAAGGCCACGAAGAGGUAGUAGAGCUUUUGUUAGAAGCUGGUGCUGAUGUUGAUGAAACCGCUGGCCCCGAUGGCAGUGUCACUGCUGCAGCCGCUGUUACUCCACUGCUGGCAUCGGCUGCAAUGGGCCACAUGACGACAGUGUCGCGACUGCUUUUCUGGGGCGCAGCUGUGGACGCCAUUGACUGUGAAGGGAGGACGGCGCUCUGCCUAGCAGCGGCUAGAGGCAGCGUGGAGGUUGUCCGUGCCUUGCUGGAUCGAGGCCUGGAUGAGAAUCAUAAGGACGACCUUGGCUGGACUCCACUGCACUCCGCUGCUUGUGAAGGCCACCGUGCUGUUUGUGCUGCUUUGACAGAACGAGGAAGCAUGGCACGUGUAGGAGAGAUGGACAUUGAAGGACGCACCCCUCUUAUACUGGCUGCCCAAGAAGGUCAUUGGAGCACUGUCAAACUAUUGUUAGACAGGCGUUCUCCUAUCGACCACAGGGCAUACGAUGGGCAUUCUGCAUUAGGUGCUGCUCUCCUUGAGGGCCAUGCAGAUGUUGCCGAGCUGCUUAUGAAGCGAGGGGCUGAUACCGACGUCCGAGAUGCAGAGGGACGUCCUCUGCUAUACCUCCUGGUGCUGGAAGGUCGCCUUGACAUGGCUACUCUCCUCACAGAGAAAGGGGGCGUGCCCCUGGAGUCUCGAGACUCUGAGGGCCGCACAGCACUUCACGUGGCCUCCUGGCAGGGAUGUGUGGAGAUUGUAAACCUACUGUUAAAACAUGGGGCAAACCCCAAUGCACAAGAUACAGAGGGUAGACCACCGCUGCAUUCAGUAGCUUGGACAGGACAUGCUAAAGUAGGACAUCGUCUCCUUGAGGCCAGUGGUGUCAAUAUAAAUCUAGCUUGCCACCAGGGGGCAACGGCUCUGAGCAUUGCUGCCCAGGAGGGACAUUCUAACAUUGUGGCAAUGCUUCUGGAAAGGGGGGCAAAUCCAAAUCACAUGGAUAAAUAUGGCCGUAGUCCAGUGAAAGUGGCUGGGAAGCACGGACACUUUAACAUAAUCAGACUCUUGGAGAGCUAUGGGGCCAAGCCUUACUUAGGGAUGUUGCCCAAGUCUAGUACCACAUCACCUGCGAAACCCAACAAGAGUCUGUCCUCAGUGAUUUCAGACUGUAAUGGAGAUGAAUUAACAGCUGCUACCUCCUCCUCUUCGGUUUCGUCUCCGGGCUCCACUGCAGAACGAUUCCACUCCAUGCAGAGCUCCCAGACCUCCUCUACCUGCCACUCACUUGCCACAGUGCAGACAGUUCCAGCUGACAGCCUCAGCUUUAUUCAGCAGAUCCAACAGCACUCUCUGCCUCGCAGUCGUAGCCGCCCCUCCACCCUUCCUCCACCGGGGAGCUCAGGCAUGGGCAGCCUGCACGGAAGUUGCCAGAGGCACCCCAACGGCAGCCCUCUGGCUACCGUUUGCGCAGUCACGGCCAUGGUGCACAACUGCGACCUGUCCCAGAAAGGCUUGUCGCCCGGACUUGAAUAUAAUGACAAAAUGAACAAGCAAAAUUCAAACUUGAUAAAAGCCGACAAGACCCCUUACACUGGUGGCAAAUGGCACUCAGUCAUGGCUUCACUUGGAAUAACACCAGGUCAAGACAGUCCCCUGGGUGCUAAAAACAGGGAGAACCCUCCUCUGGGCUAUCCUUAUAGAUUACAGAGCCCACUUCAAGGAGAGGACUGGGAUUCUGUACCCCAGAAGAACAUUUUGUCACCUGUUUGCUACAGUUUUUCCCCAGCUUGUAGUGCCUUGCCGGAGGAUGUUAUGGCCACUAUGACCACCACAGACCCACAGCUUCAUCUCAAACAGGCCAUCAAACUGCAGUUUGAGGGACCCACCAGUGCAGCCUUAUACAAGCGAGAGACACCCCUGUGACUGGUACUCUAGUGGAGUUGGACGUUUCUGGUUCGAAGAGGAAGAGGACGUUUACUCAGAUGACGUUCAAGUUCUUCAUCCUCGUCAGAAACCCAGAGGAAGAACAGAGUGAAUGACUUUAGAGCUCAUGGUUUCAGUUGCGUGUGCUGAGCAGAGCUCUCACAGGCACGAUCCUGCUGAUUUAUUUAAGGCGUAACGUUUAAUUGUGUUCAUUUUUAACUUGAUCCUUGAUAAGCAUCAGUGACGAAAAGGCAUUUUGUUUCGCUGUAAAAAAUCCCUUUCGGGGUGUAAACACUCUUUUAAGCUUGUGGCCUUGAUCUUUGUUGAAGCCUUUGAUAUUUAUUAUAUACCCGCCUCCAUCCCUGUAGCUGGUCCAUAGCUAACAACCAAAAUAGUCUGCAGAAAUGUUAGCCUACUGAAGCUUGACCCUGUGCAGGUUUAUGAUGCAGUGCAAACUAUAAAACACAGCCAAGUUUACUGAGUCAACUUGGCUCGCUCACAGUGUGUCUAUGAGCAAGCAGGAAGGAAAAUGAAAAUUGGACCAUAUAAACUGAGGGCGUAUAUGGGAGGAUUGGCCUAAAGAAAUGUCUAGUUUUUGAUCAUUUUUCAUUGUAUUAAUAUUUAAUUACAUUCAUUGAUUAAAAUGGCAAUCGGUGCUAUGAUAUUGUC